AUUGUGUGAAGAGAGUCCCUGCUCGAGCUUGUAAUAAAGCUCCUCACUGCUUUUGCAUCGAUCCGCGGCUCCUGUCGUGUUUGGGGGAACUCGGCAAUCCGGGUACAACAUAUGGGGGCUCGUCCGGGAUCCCCCGAGCCCUUCAGGACCCGCGCUUCGGAGGACGAACGGCCGGGACGGCUGACAUUCCAGGAUGUGACCAUAGACUUCACUCAAGAGGAGUGGGAAUGCCUGGACCUCGGUCAGCGGGAAUUGUACAGGGAUGUGAUGUUAGAGACCUACGGGAACCUGGCCUCCUUGGGUCUUGUGGUCUCAAAGCUGGACCUGGUCACCUUUCUGGAGCAAAUGAAGACUCCCUGGGAUGUAAGGAGAAUGGACACAACAGCCACAUACCCAGCUGUGUCUACUCACAACACCCAUGGUUUGAUGUCAAAGAAUCCAAGGUUUGAAAAUUCAAUCCAAAAAGCAAACCUAUAUGAAGGAGCUCACCUCGGAAAUGAACAUUUAACCAAAGACUGGGGACAUACAAGGGUAUGUGACAGACUGAGAGGAUGUUUAUAUGGACAUAAAGAAAUUGAGACCGUUUCACAUACUGUGGACAUGACUGCCAGAAGAAAUGAGCACUGGGAGUCAAAUUGGGGAAAGCACCCGUUUCAGUCAUCACCGUCUGCCGAACAGUGUAUCUUUGUAAGCAAUGACUCACAUCAGUUUUUGAAACACACACGUUCUCUGAGGGGAAAUGUGGAAAAUCUGGAAGGUCAUCCAGUCUCUACUCCAAAUGCUCAUUCACAGCACUCUGAACAUAGACUUCGAUCACACAUACAUUCAACCACGUCUGAAAAGGAGAAGUUUACAAAUGAUGGGGAAAACUCACAAUAUAAUCAACUUGAGGGGUCUGUGAACAACGGGUCAUUAUUCUUCCACCAACAGACAGGUUCUCUCCAAUCCAAAAUGUGUAAUGUUGAUAAUAAUGGAAGAGACUUAAUUCAGCCAUCACUGUUUGAUAUAUACCGUGAUAGGGUUAAUAUAGAACAACUUUUCAUGUGUAAUAACACGAGUCAGGCCUUAAGUAGGAGCUCCAACCCCAAUAGUUUCCAGAGUAUUUAUGAUGGAGCAAGAAACUGUUCAUGCACUGACAGUGGAUAUAAUAUUGGACAAGACUCUGAUCUUAGGAAACACCAGGCACCUCAAUCUUCAGAUAAUGAUUCUAAAAGUAAUACAGGUAGGAAUAUCUUUUAUCGAGCAUCAGGUCUUUCACUAAAUAAGAGUACACAUAUUGGAGAGAAAACUUACAAUUGUAGUGAAUAUGAUGUUUCUAAUCAGUCUUCAGAACUUACUGCACAGCAGAGUAUUCAAAAUCCACAGAAAAACUGCAAGAGUAAGAAAUGUGAUAAAGUCUUUACUAAUGCACUCAAUCUACGUAAACAUAGGGAAAUUCAUACAAGAUGGAAUACUUUCAAAUGUACAGAAUGUGACAAAGCAUUUAAUCAGAGUUCAAAAUUAGUCAACAUCAGCGAAUCCAUGUUGUCCAGAAGCCUUAUAAAUGUAAGGGUUGUGGCAAAGGCUUUACCCGGCACUCAGGUCUUACUUGCCAUCAGAGAAUUCACACUGGAGAGAAACCUUAUAAAUGGCACAAAUGUGCUAAAGCUUUCAGUCAAUACGCAACUCUUAUUAAACACCAGCAAAUUCAUAGUGAUGAGAAGCCUUAUAAAUGUAAGGAUUGUGGCAAAGGCUUUAUUCAACGAGGAGGUCUUACUUGCCAUCAGAGAACUCACACUGGAGAGAAACCUUAUAAAUGUCAAGAAUGUGGAAAAGCUUUCAGUCAGUACGCAACUCUUACUCAACACCAGCGAAUUCAUACUGGAGAGAAGCCUUAUAAAUGUAAGGAUUGUGGCAAAGACUUUAGCCGGGGCUCAGGCCUUAUGUACCAUCAGAGAGUUCAUACUGGAGAGAAGCCUUAUAAAUGUAAGGAUUGUGACAAAGACUUUAGAUGGCACUCAGGCCUUAUGUCCCAUCAGAGAAUUCACACUGGAGAGAAACCUUAUAAAUGUCAAAAAUGUGCAAAAGACUUUAGUCAACACUCUACUCUUACUCAACACCAGCGAAUUCAUACUGGAGAGAAGCCUUAUAAAUGUAAGGAUUGUGCCAAAGGCUUUAGGCACUGCACAGGUCUUACUCACCAUCAGAGAAUUCACACUGGAGAGAAACCUUAAUAAUAUAAAGAAUGUGGAAAAGUUUUCAGUCACUAUGCAACUCUUACUAAACACGAGCGAAUACAUACUGAAGAGAAGCCUUAUAAAUGUAAGGAUUGUGACAAACACUUUAACCCAGCACAUUGGUCUUACUUACCAUUGGAUAAUUCAUACUGAAGGAAAUCUCAUAAAUGUAAGGAAACCUGCAAAGCCUUUAAUCAGCUCUCUCACCUCACUGGACAUCAGAGAGCAUGUCCUGGAGGGAAACCCUAGUAAUGAAGUCAGACAUGGAAGAGGUUUGUCGUGAACAUACAAUUCAGGAGACAAAAGACGUAUUUAUAUAAGAAAGAUAUGGAAUGACGUUAAGAAAAUGUAGCAAAGUAUUUAUAAAAAAUCAAAUCUAAAUAAAUAUCAGGAAAUGCAUACUAGAAAGUAUUUCAUAAACCCUGUUUUCUGAAGUUCCUCUUAGGGAGAAAUAUUGUAGAUAGUGAUUCAUAGUUAAAAUAGAUAGAAAAUUGAUAUGUUAGUAUGGAUCACAAGAUGAAGAGGUGAUGUUUAGCCAUGUACAGUCACUAGCUAUGUAUGUUUGUUUAUAUUGACAUGAUUUGUGAUUAUUUGAAAACCAAAAUGAGUGUAACUGAAUUCUCAAAUUACUCCAUGCUACACUUCAUUUCUAGUGUGCAUACAAAGUUAUGUUUUUGAUGGUUGCUACCUCAAAGAUGAGAGAAGCCCUUCUAUCUAGGAAGAAAACAUUUACAUUUUUCUCCAUUAUAAGAUUAAGGACACAGGAAUGUAACAUGUACAGUGAACAUCUAAAUGGUGGUGUUUGUCAUUCAUGUCACACAUCCCUGUAAGUCACCAUGAUGUAGGUGUUCAGGGAAUAAUUCCACAGAUUAAAGUACAUUUUCAAUGUACAUUUUCAAUAGUUAUGUCACUUGCUUUUAAAGUAAAAUAAAAUGACAGUUCACUAAAAUCUUGAUAUAUUUUAUAAUAUCAACAGAAGUCAUGAAUAUAAGCUGACAUGUUUCAAUUAAAGACAUCUCUGCUACCCUAGACAUGUACGGAAAACACUUCCAAGAAAAGUCAUGUAAUUAUUGUAUAUCUUCUUAAAUGAUUAGCCUCCCUUUUGUAAGCAUAGAAAUCGUAGUUCUCAGAUCAUUGUAUCAGAGGAAAGAUUAUCAUUAUUUAUGUUUAUAAUCUGUCUUUUAACCAGUUACAUAGUGGAGUGUAAAAGGUUUUAUUCUGUGUGUGAUAAGCAUACAUGUUAAGCAAUAAAACUGAAUGGUUUCUUA